CCUUAUUAUACUAGGUAUUGUUCCCCGGCGACCUGCACGGUAACGAUUGUCAUCCCCGUCGAAUCUGAUAGAGCCAUAGUCCUUGAUGACAGUGGCAUGAACUGAACACCUUGAAAUGCCAUCGAGUCUCCUCUCGCACGGCAAUGAACCAUUCCUCCAUUUCGGAUUCUGCAGAUUGGAUAUCGGGGCCUCAUCUGUAUCGGGAAGGUAGCAUUUCUUCGUCGGAAUCAGCCAGCCUGUUGUCAUCACGCUUUUCUACUACUCCAGCCUCGUCGCCAACCAUCGACGCAAGGAAAGGCUCGUAUGCGUCUGUCUCCGAUGAGGUUGAGCGAUUGGAACUGGACAAUGGGGUGGCCAUCUCAUUUGUCAAGAACGGAAAACUCUUCAAGUUGCGGUACACAUUUAUCGACAUCUGGAAGAACUUCAACGGAGCCCUAAAAUGUUUGGAGCUGGGCGGGGGAGUCGGCCAGCAGACUGCUUUCAUCCAUACAUUCAACAAUAUCAAACUCCCCGUUCCACAUCUGGAACACCCAAAGCUCCCGAAUGAGCUUCCUCUUAGAGUCUCGUUCCUAGAGGAACAGACUGUGCAAACCGCGUACACCCUAUUCUCAACACAGCUUUCCUACACGUUCGGCGGAUGGCAAGGUAUUCAAACACAACACACACACACACACACACACACACACUCUCUCUCUCUCUCUCUCUCUCUCUCACUCAUUCAUGUGCAUGUGCUGAUGCUAAAUCUUCUCUAUCCGCAAGAUUGUGUCCGCUUUCAAGAAUCUCUCCUAUCAGCGAAAUUAGUUUUUAUGGCGGGUAUCGCAGAGGCCAAAUCCAAGGGCCGUGGCGAGGAAUGUAUUAGUCAGAACCUGCGCAUCCUUCGUGGCGGGAACGGUAAGCUGGUCUUACUGUUCUUUGCAAAUUCGCAGAGAAAAGAAUUGAAACGUUAUGUUUCAAUUCCGAUAAAUUGCAUAGACAAGGUCAACCCCGGAAAGAAGGCCGGACGUCCCGUGGUGUUGGACCUUCUCCCCAAUUUUGAUAUCCUUUCGCAAAUGAAAUGGCUGCAGAUACGGUUUCUAGACGAUGAAGACCGAAAACACUUCUGCCAAUUAUUAUCGGAACUACAAGGGUGAAGAGUAUUAACGGUAUUCACCCAUGUUCUGUUUUUCUUUUUAAUUUCUCCUAUUCGGAGAAUAGAUGCAACUAAUACCCAAAUCUGUUCCUGUCAUGAUUAAUACUUUAUGUCCUCUCAUAUAGAAACAAUAUUUAUGGUAUACGACCAACCUAAU